ACAAAAGUUGCAGCUAACCACAAUUAAAGUAAAUGUUACAAUUCAAGUCGAGUGUAGCCAAGUGGCAAAAGCCACUAAACAGCCACAACCACAGCAGCCACAGCCACUGCAAACACUUUAUUAAAAAUGCACACACACACACCCACAAAAGAAAAGGAGAUGUUGUUGGGAGCAGGUUUUUGGCAAACACUUGUUGAACUUAGCGCUAAUUGCGAGACCUCCUCGGCCGAGUGAUGUUAACAAACAAUUAGCUAAGUCCGCUGUCCAAUUAUGCAAUUGCAGUAUCUGAUUUUGGCGUCAGCUCUCUGUUUGAGCUUGGCCUAUCCGGUGGACCAACAUCAUUAUUAUGAGGAGAGCCACGGCGGCUAUGAGCAUCUGGCCCAUCACGAGGCGGCGCCGAUACACGCCUAUGGACAGCAUCAGAUUGAGCGCAUCUCCCUGGGCGAGGAGCAUGGACAUGAGAUACCACACUACGAGGUGGAACAGCAUCACACAGAGGAUGAGCAUGUGGAUUACUAUGCCCCUCCCAAAUAUGCCUUCAAGUAUGGCGUCAACGACUUCCACACUGGCGACGUCAAGUCGCAGCAUGAGACCCGCGACGGUGACACCGUGAAGGGCCAAUACUCUCUGGUGGAGCCCGAUGGUUCCAUUCGCACUGUGGACUACACCGCCGACAAGCACAAUGGCUUCAAUGCUGUCGUUCACAAGACAGCGCCAGUGCACCACCAUGAGGAGAUCCAUGAUCUGCACGAGCAUCACUAUUAAGUAACGAAAUGCCUUUAACCCCAAGAGAGCAGAAAACAAACAUGAGACCAUAUAAAACUAUAUAUGUUUCUAGAGUUAGCCAAAUUUCUUGAUAAAGUCGCUUCAUCAAACACACACACACACACACACCCUCAAACACAUACAAUCGAACGAUCCAUGUAAUGUAAUCAGCUUCAUAUCUCGUAAUUAGGACACUGAUAAACACCGCGCACUCCUCUUUGCCCGAGUGCAGGCAUUAUAAUACUACAUAAUACUCAUAUAUCAUUUUUACAUUGUAUUUUAUUUCUGUGAUAGCAACUAAUUUCCUCUAGCUACCUACACAUUCUUAACUCACUCUUAGCUCACUCUCUAUCUCUCUCUCUCUCUCUCUGUCUCUUAGUCACUAUUUUAUCUGCUACGAUUCAUCCGCUUCUAAGUUCUAGUUCAUUCACUCAGACGAAUUUAUCAAUCUAUAUACCAUAUAUAAUUUCAUUAAAUAAUGUAAAAAGAGUUUUUACAGAGAACAAACAAAUAAACAUAAAACAAAUGAAUUGUAAAUUGUGUAAUAAAGACAAUGUGAAUUAUGUACUUUUUAUAAAAUCAAAAAAAAGAAAAAUA